AUGUCUCCAUCACUGUUUCCGGGGUUCGCAAUGAAUACAAACGUUCUGGCAUGACAUUGCUCUUAAAUCUCCUUGGUACUCUACUACGCCAAAUAUUAUGUCUCUCCCGCCGCUCGCACCAGUUCCAUCGGUGAAGCUUCGUUUGGAGCUUGCCCCUCCAGAAUGGGAAGCCUGUAUAAAGGCCUGGGCAUCUCUAUCAGAGCUAUAUCUGCGGCUUCCAGAUGAGAGCUUUGCCAGAGUUGCAACGUCACCAGGCAUUCUGGAUAUGUAUUUGCUAUCGUUCUUUCGAGAAUCAGCGUCAUUGGGAAGUAGUGAGACACGAUUGAAUAACGACAGCAUUUACCAAUUGAAGAAGAGUGCAUUCUUAUUGGUACAUAGAAUAUUUGGCAGCCAAGUGUCACCUACAUUGAUGCAUUGGGAAUUCUUUGCAGACUUGUCGCACGCCUACCCUCACAGUGAGAGCCUCAGAACCCUGCUAAAGAGCUUCUUCGAAAGACAUGGCCCAAGUAUGGAGAUGUCUUUGCAUAAGAUCAAGAGUAUCCUAAUCACGAAACUCGAGUCCGAGAGACCUGAAGCUGCCGGGCCGGAUAUGAGGAGAAUCAUUCACUUGUUCCGGGCAUCGCCAGAUGCUGCAGCAUUCUUCAUGGUCGGUUCAGACUUCGUUGAUGCUCUCACUUCGGCAUACGACAAGGCUUCAUUGGACACCCGGCCCUGUCUAGUCGUCACAUUGUACCUAGGACUCUCAGGACUACUCCAUAGCAGCAAGCCAAACUUCUCUAUUCUGUCAGAUCAUCUUUACAGCCUAAGGACGCACACUGAAGCUGCUCAAAAGGCGAGUAAGACCGCGAACACGCUUCUAGUUAAUUUGGUGACCAAUACUGCAUUCAUUCAUGUUAUGGGGAAGCAAACUUCAUCAGAAGCUACUAGAGCACGGAAUACUGCUGCGUCAUUGUCGGUAUUCCAACAGCCAAGUCUACGUAGACCAAGGAGACGUCCAAAGCCUAAGGUCGACAAGGGAAAAUCCCGAGAAGAACCCUCAACUUCUGAGAUGCACAUGCAUCGAAUGAGUCUCAUAACACAGAUCCAGGACCUUUUCCCCGACCUUGGAACAGGAUUCGUUGCGAAGCUUCUGAAUGAGUACAAUGAAAACGUAGAGGAAGUUAUAGCACACCUAUUGGAGGAGUCCCUGCCGGCUCAUCUUAAGUCUGCCGACAGGACAGAGGAAUUGAAUGAUAUUGCAACACAGUUACAAAAAUCAGACCUCGCACCUCGCUCCACGCCACCGGCCCCGGAACCGACGAUACCCGUACGUCGCAACAUUUAUGACGAUGAUGAAUUCGACCGGCUUGCCGUCGACGUAUCCAAACUGCACUUCGGCCGCAAAGACAAAGGCACCGCCGACGACCUCCUCUCGAACCGCGAAAGUGCGCCCAACAAAGCCGCCAUCAUUUCUGCGCUCGCAGCAUUCGACUCCGACGACGACGAGCGGGACGACACUUACGAUGCCGAAGAUGUCGGUGGCACCGUCGAGCCCGGCGCCGAGGAAGCAGACUCUGGCAACGAGGAAGUUCUUUUCAAGGCCUACACGAGCACCCCCCAAGUCUUCAGCCGCGAUGCAUUGACACGACGAAGCAAGGAGAGAGACGGGCUGCGAAUCUCUACUAACAUGACAGACGAGUCAAUCGAAGGUUGGGCUGUCAUGCUCGCACGCGAUCCCCGUAAAAUAAAGAAACUUGAGGCAAAGUACACAUCAUUCACCGGUCAGCAGCGUGAUCUCACGCCGCAGUCAUGGACAAAGACAGAGGAAACUGACGAUUCUGACGGACGGCAUGCCAGUGACCGUACCCGAGGUGGAAGAGGCGGCUUCAGGGGCGGGCGUGGCCGCGGACGAGGUGGUCGAGGCGGACCGCAAGGAGGCUCAGAAGCGUCCACGAGAAGCGAUGGACAACGAGGAGGAGCACAGCAGAAUCGUGCAAGGAAAGAGGCAAAUAAGUCGUCCCGCGCGAAUCAUAGUCGACGGGAGCAACGGGCAAAAAAGAUGGCCAGAGGAGGAUUCGCAGGAUAGAGACAAUACCGAUGUUGGCGGACUGGGUGUCUUGCAGUUCUUGCGGGCCUACAGGUAGCUAGCUAGUUGUCAGUAUCACUCGCUAUCACAAACAUCCACC